AUGGUACACAUGCUCAGAGAUGUACAUUUGGAAUACUUAGCAGCAGGUUGCUAUGGGCUCUUUUCCUUGCACAAGCUGUUUUUUCAUUCCCUCCUUCCUUAUUCAGUUAUUCUUGCUUGUUCCAGAACCCCAAGCGAGAGCGAGAGGUCUUGCUUUUCAUCAUCGCCUCCUUCCUGCUUCCUUCGCUGUCCUGUUCGUCAUCAGUGGGUGUGGGUCGAGAUCUGCCGCUGCCGUAACGAUUCCGUCGAUGUUCUCUUUCAGUUCCCUUGCGUUGCUGUCGGCUUGCUUUGUUCCUUGAUUUGCGUUGCUGCCAUGCUCGUGUGUCCGUGGGAAGCAUUGAUCUUCUUCCUUCAUUCCUCAAUUGCUUCAUUGAUAGUGUAGAUGGCUUUGGACUUUCAAAUGAUCAUUGAGGGGUAUACUUCUAAAUUGGAGUUGAAACAUUAUUUUGGUUAAAUUUCUAAUCAUUAUAGAACUUGAAUUUAUGUGUUAUACUUUGUAUUUUGUAAAUUUUAUCCUAAAUGCUCUACAUAAAUUAUAGUUAGGGUCCUCAUUGAAUUUCCUAUAUUAAUUUUAUGAUAAGAGUAGAGCUACCUAUUGUCAUCUUGUGCUGAAAAAUGUUGUUGUAGAAUUGUUAAUACAUCCUAUUUUAGAGGAGGUUAUGUCAA